ACUAGUGAAGAAUUUCUAAGCAUGGAACUAAGCACCCCAGCCUGGAGGACUAACAACACAGCGAUGAAUGAAAGUGACGACUAUCAGCAUUUAUACUGUGCCACAGAGAUCUUUACCCUGAAUGUCCUUAGAGUCAUCGUUGCCCUGGCUGGGCUGGCAGGAAAUGCCAUAGUUCUGUGGCUUCUGGGUUUCCACAUGCACAGGAAUGCCUUCUCUGUUUACAUCCUCAACCUGGCUGGGGCUGACUUCCUCUUCCUCUUCUUUCAGACUCUGUAUUCUCUGAAGGGAAUACUUUAUCAUGUCCAUGCAAUAUUUAUUGGCUUGCCCAUCUAUUUGCUUACGGUGUCAAAUUUUGCUUAUCUUUCAAGUCUGAGCAUGCUCAGCGCCAUUAGCACUGAGCGCUGCUUGUCUGCCCUGUGGCCCAUAUGGUACCGCUGUCGAAGACCAAGACGCACAUCAGCUGCCAUGUGUGCCCUGCUCUGGGCCUUUUCUCUGAUACUGAGCCUCCUGGAAGGGAAUGCAUGUGGUAUCUUCUUUGGCAGUUCUCUUUCCGCUUGGUGUGAGAGAUUGGAUUUCAUCACUUUUGCUUGGUUGAUCGUUUUACUUGUGGUCCUCUCGGGGUCCAGCCUGGCCCUGCUGCUCAGGGUCUUCUGUGGCUCCCACAGGAUUGCUGUGACCAGGCUGUAUGUGACCAUUGCCCUCACGGUACUGGUCUUCCUGCUCUUUGGCUUGUCCUAUGGGAUCUACUGGUUCCUCUUAGGUUGGAUUGGGGAGCUUUAUAGGGUUUUCCCUUGUAAUGUUUAUCAAGUGACAGCAUUCCUAUCCUGUGUUAACAGCUGUGCCAAUCCCUUCAUUUACUUCCUUGUUGGCUCCAUUAGGCAUCACCGAUUCCAGAGGCAGACUCUGAAGAUGCUUCUGAGGAGAGCCAUACAGGACACUCCUGAGGAGGAAGGUAGAGAGAGGAGUUCUUCUGGACAGGAAACAGUCUAGUGGAGCAGCUGGCAACUUUGUCCUUGGCCAUGUAGACAAUUUUUAUACCCUUCUCAAUU